AUGCUCUGCUUCCAACCUGCUGUUUGUCUCACUAAAUUGGGAAAUGAGACUGAUAGGCUUGCUCUUCUGGAAUUCAAAUACAAGAUAAGCAAUGAUCCGAAUGGCAUCUUCAGCUCAUGGAAUGACUCUGUCCACUUCUGCAAAUGGGAAGGAGUUACUUGUGGCCCCAAACAUCAGAGAGUUACGUCUCUAAAUCUGCAGGGGUUGAGCUUGUCAGGGAACAUAUCUCCAUAUACAGGGAACCUCACCUUCUUGAGGUUCCUCAGCCUUAGUGACAAUAGAUUCCAUGGAGAAAUUCCUCAAGAAGUUGGUCACCUCUUCAGAUUGAGAUAUCUCAACCUGACGAAUAACCCAUUGAGGGUGAAAUUCCAGGGAAAGAUUCCAACUGAAUUGGGACACUUAACAAGCUUAACUUUGCUUGAGCUCGGAGUCAAUAAUCUGAGUGGUACAAUACCUCCUACCCUUUACAAUAUCUCAUCCAUCAGUGCCAUUGGUACAACAUAUAAUCAUUUAAGUGGCAGUCUCCCCGCAAACAUUGGCCUAACUCUUCCUAACCUGCAACAACUGCUCUUAGCUGAAAAUGGAUUUUAUGGAACUAUCCCAGAAUCAUUGGCCAACGCUUCUCAGCUUUGGCUUAUUGACAUAUCUACCAACAGUUUCACGGGACCAGUUCCGACUAAUCUGGGAAAUCUCAAGGGUCUUGAACAGCUUCAUGUGGAGUUCAAUUUCUUCGGAAGCAACACAAGUCAAGAUUUGAGUUUUUUACCAUCUCUGGCCAACUGCAGCCGUCUACAACAACUAUAUUUUGAUGGAAACAAUAUUGGUGGUACAUUAUCUAGCUCCAUUGGCAAUCUCUCUACCCUUGUUCAACUAGGCCUAGGACGAAAUCCAAUAUCAGGAACAAUCCCAGAAGAGGUAGGGAAUCUUGUGAAUUUGUUUCGAUUAGAUAUGGAUGGAAACCUUUUGACAGGUAGCAUUCCCAUUUCUCUUGGAAAGAUUCAAAAGCUGGAAAGGCUAACCUUAAAUGACAAUAUACUUUCUGGAAAAAUCCCAGUAUCCCUGGGUAACAUCACCAAAAUGUAUUGGCUUCAUUUAGCAGGAAACAAAUUAGAAGGAAAUAUAACCCCAAGUCUUGGAAGCUGCAAAAAUCUUCGUUUCCUGGAUGUAUCAAGAAAUAAGCUCACGGGCAUCAUACCCAAACAAAUCCUUGGACUUUCUUCUCUAUCAGAAACUCUUAACUUAUCACAGAACUCAUUUACAGGUCCCUUACCGUUAGAAGUUGGCAACUUGAAAAGUAUCAAUGCAUUAGAUGUCUCAGAGAACAAACUCUAUGGGGAAAUUCCUAGGACAAUUGGUGAUUGUUCUAGGCUAGAAAUCAUUAACAUGCAGGGUAACUUCCUGCAAGGAGCCAUUCCCUCAUCUUUUAAUUCUUUGAGAGGUCUCCAACGAAUAGAUCUGUCCAGAAACCACUUGUCAGGAAAUAUUCCUAAUGAGUUAGAGAAGCUUAUCUUCUUGCGAUAUUUAAAUCUUUCAAACAAUAAUUUUGAGGGUGAGGUACCAAAAAUGGGAGUUUUCAGCAACGCAAGUGCAUUUUCACUCGUUGGAAAUAGGAAUCUUUGCGGAGGUAUCCCUGAGUUGCAGCUGCCAGCAUGCCUCGUCAAGGAAGAAAAACACAGAAGGCCUUCCAUUGUCAUAAUCCUCACCACAACCAUCAGUUCAUUUCUGUUAGUCGCGAUAUUGACGUCCUUGUGUGUUUACUAUAGACGGAAGUCGAAAAAAAGUACCAUUUUUUCAACUUUUUCAGUGGAUAAGCUUCCUCAAAUUUCGUACAAAGAACUCCUGAAAGCAACUGGCGGAUUCUCUUCAGAAAACUUAAUUGGACGAGGCACUUUUGGCUCAGUAUACAAGGCAAGUCUUGAUCAGCAGGGAGAAUGUUUUGUUGCUGUAAAGGUACUCAACCUUCAGCAACAUGGAGCUUCCAAGAGCUUCAUUGCUGAGUGCAAAGCAUUGAAAAACAUCCGGCACAGGAAUCUUGUUAAAAUCUUGACGUACUGCUCCAGCAUUGAUUUUAAAGGCAAUGAUUUCAAAGCUCUGGUGUUUACAUUCAUGGAAAAUGGUAGUUUGGAAAUGUGGUUGCAUCCAGAGGAAAAUGGUUAUAGUCAGACAAGGAAAUUAAACUUUCUUCAAAGACUAUGCAUUGCCCUUGAUGUGGCUUCUGCCUUGCAUUAUCUUCAUGACCAUUGUGAGACACCGAUUGUUCAUUGUGACUUGAAGCCAAGCAAUAUUCUUCUUGACACUGACAUGACUGCUCAUGUUGGUGACUUUGGAUUAGCAAGGCUCCUUUCUCAAAGCAACAAAAAUCCUUUUCAAAGCCAAAGUUUCUCAACUGGGAUAAAGGGAACAAUUGGCUACAUGGCUCCAGAAUAUGGAGUAGGCAGCAGUGUGACAACUUACGGAGAUGUGUAUAGCUUUGGAAUACUCUUGCUAGAGAUGUUCACAGGAAAGAGACCAACUCAUGAUGUUUUUACAAAUGGCUUAGAUCUCCACAACUUUGUUAAGGCUAAGGUCCCAGGACAAGUCAUGCAGGUUGUGGAUCCCACGUUAUUCACUCCAAGAAUAGUGGGGGCAGCUACAGCAGCUGCAGCAGCAGAAAAUAUGGAUGAUGAUGAAACUAUUGAAGAUAGUAUACAAGAAUGUAUUGUAUCAGUCCUUCAAAUUGGACUUGCAUGCUCUAUAGAAGUGCCAAAAGAUCGAAUGAAUAUGAAAGACGUAACAAGCAAACUAAAUGCCAUCAAGGAUGCUUUCGUUCAUAGAGACCAGAAACAAGUUUAGCAUGGAUUUGAUAUAUUGCAGAAGCGCAGCUUCUGCAAUGAGAUGUAGAGCCCCAGAAAAUAGCAGUUUUUCCAUUUCACAUAAAAAGAAUUAAAGAAUGUUUAACUUCAUAAUCUUUCUACACCGUAUUACUUCUUAUUUA